AUGGGAGCUGAGCAGCAGCAGCAGCAGACCGCCGGGGGCAGCAGGUUCGCCGCGGCGUUUGGCCUGCUGCGCCAGUACAUGAAGGACCAGCCUGGGGGCGGCGUGGUCACCGUGGGCCUCAUGCCGGGCGGCGGCGACGGCGUCGAGGCGGUCGCGCCGGAGGAGAGGAUCCGGACCAUGGAGCUCUUCCCCCAGCAGGCCGGCAUGGUCAGGGACUCGCGCGAAAGGUACGGGCCGGAGAGGGCGCCGCUGACCAUCUUCUACGCCGGGAGGACGGUGGUGUUCGACGACUUCCCCGCCGAGAAGGCCAAGGAGCUCAUGCAGCUCGCCGGCUCCUUCGGCGCGCUGCCGGCCGCCUCCGACGCCGGCGCCGAGCCCGUCUGCCAGAACGCGCCGGGGCAGCCUUGCUUUGCAGAGCUGCCGAUCGCGAGGAAGGCGUCGCUCCAUAGGUUCCUGGAGAAGAGGAAGAGCAGGCUGGCCGCGGCAGAUCCGUACCCUGCGCCGGUGGCGGCGCCAGGGGCUGGGACGGCCGGCAAGCCUGUGCCGGAGGACGGCGGCGCGCCGUGGCUCGGCGUCAACUCCGCGCUCCAGCUCAACUGA